AGAUGCAUAAGCGCAUAACAUAGCCAACUUCAUGGAAAAUCAUCUGAAAGAGAACUUGACGUUACUCUUUCUCCCACAUGCCUCAAAGUAACUUGCUCCCUAAGAUGAGUUCUGUUGUAUAAAACCGACCUCAUCGUUCUUUAUUCUCUCCAACCCAUGCCCUCUUUUUGACAGAUGCAAAGUGAAAAUAUUUGUUUUCAGUUACCAUGGAUCAUAGGAUUUCAAUGGAAAGAGAUGGAGGGAGCACUGAUCUGCAAGGUGGUAAACUCACAAGGCUCAGCGAAACUAGCAGCACAGGGACUACAAUGUUUGAGCCUCAUGGCAUAAGAAGUAUUGAGAAAGGAGAAAGCAGCAUCCCAGCUGACUCUGUCUCUUCUUCAUGUUUAGCAGUUAAAGCACCAGAAAAGAAGCUAACCCUCUUUGCUCUUCAACUUGCUGUUUUUGAGAAAGCAGCAACUGGCUUGGGAACACUUGGGUUUAUCUGGGCUACUGUGGUCCUUCUAGGUGGUUUUGCCAUUACCUUGGAUUCAACUGACUUCUGGUUCAUCACCAUCAUACUUCUAAUUGAAGGGACCAGAAUUUUCAGCAGGAGUCAUGAGCUAGAAUGGCAGCACCAAGCCACUUGGUCCAUAACUGAUGCUGGAGUAAAUAGUUUCAAGUUUUUGAGGUCAACUUCAAACUAUGUCCUUGAAGGUAUAAAAAAUUGCCUUUGGAGGCCAGUUGUUGCUGUCAAGAAAUAUAGCCAACAUGAGCGAGAAACAAGAGAGGCUAGUGAAGUGAGUCCCGACAGGAUACCAACUCGGACAUGGACAAGUUCGGAUGUUCCAAUUCUACCAUAUGCCAAUUGGGUUUUCCUUUCAAGCCAUAUCAGUAAGCUUCUCUAUUGGCUUCAGCUUAUUUCUGCCACAGCUUGUGUAGUUCUCUCAUCCAUGAAGCUCAUCAAGCAUAACUAUGGGGAGGUAGCAAAGGGAGAUACUGACAAGAGGAAUAGGCAAUUCGCUCUUAAUAUUUUCUAUGCAUUGGCUUUGGCAGAAGCUUUAUUGUUUCUGAUGGAGAAAGCUUACUGGGAAUGGAAAAUCAGCUACAGGAAAAUGUUGGAGGUGGUUAGAGAUGAGUGUGAAUUGGGACCAUUAGGAAUGGUGUCAAUCAGAAGGUUCUUUUAUGAUGCAUAUUCAAGAUGUAUAGACGGAAGCAUAUUCGAUGGCUUGAAUAUGGACAUGGUCAGUUUUGCUAUGGAUCUGUUGGCUUCAAACUCUCAUGAUGAGCAACUCAUUGGGGCAAGAAUUCUGCGUCGAUUUGCAAACAGUGAACGGUUUUCUGAGGAAACUCUUCAAAAGAUUGGAAUUGCCAUGUCUGUGCUGGAGAGGCUGGUUGAGAUGUUGAAUUGGACGGAUCACAAAGAGGAAGAAAUUAGGCUGUCAGCAGCAGAAAUUUUAUUGAAACUAGCUGACAAGAAGCAGAACUCUCUCCGCAUAGCUGGGAUACCAGGAGCUAUGGAAUCAAUAUCUUCUCUUCUUCAUACUAACCGGAGCUACAUUCCUGCAGCUGACGAAAUUGGAGAAAAGAAACAUGUAAUUGAUCACCCAUAUUAUGGUUUUUGGACAUUUAACCAUUUGGGACUUCUCAUUUUGAAAAAGCUUGCUCGUAACCAUGAUAACUGUGGAAAGAUUGGAAAUACAAGAGGCCUCCUCCCAAAGAUCAUAGAAUUCACGUAUGCAGAAGAGAGAAUAUUGAAGACUGAAAAUUUUGCUCCAUAUCAGAUUAUUACAGUGAAGAAAUCCUUGCAACUAAUGAAAAUGCUGGCUAGCACAACAGGCAACACCGGGAAACAUCUAAGAAGAGAGAUUUCUGAGAUAGUUUUUACAAUCAGCAAUCUCAGAGAUAUAUUAAGGUAUGGAGAUAAACACCCCUUAUUACAAAAACUGAGCAUGGAAAUUUUAACCAAUUUGGCCUUGGAAGAGGAUGCAAAAGAAAUAAUUGGGGGAACAGGUGGAGUACUUAAAGAAUUGUUCAACAUAUUCUUCAAACAGAACAUAACAGAAAAUCAGAAGGAUGUGACCAGUGCUGCUGGUGACACCCUAGCCAUGUUGGCACUAGAAAGCAAGAACAAUUGUCAUCGCAUUUUGAAGUUGAAAGUACUUGAAAGGCUUGUAGAAGCAUUGAAAAUUCCAUUGCUUCGCGUCAAUGCCGCUAGAAUUCUAAGAAACUUAUGCACUUACAGUGGGCCAGAAUGCUUCGACCAGCUGAGGUUUGUAACCACCGCAGCACCAACGAUACUUCAAGCAAUCAUGUCAGAAGAAAACAAACUACAGGAAGUGAUGAUUGGAGUAGCAGCAAAUGUUUUCAGAUUCAUGACUUCUCAUGAAUCAAGCACUCUAUUUAAAGAAGCUGGAAUUACUGAGGCUGAAAUGGCAAACAAGUUAAUCCAGAUUCUCAAGAAACACAAGUAUCCACCAACUAAGGUUCCUAGAAUAAGGAGGUUUGUUAUAGAGUUGUCAAUAUGGAUGAUGAAUGGCAAAGCAGAAAACAUACGUAUCUUCAAGGAACUGGGAAUGGAGGAAGUGCUGGAAGGUGUCUUGGAGACGACAUCAGAGCUUGAGAACUUCAACAUCUUCUCUGGUACCUUUGGACUUAACCGGCACAAUAUGACAAUUCACUCACUGGUUGAGACAGCAUUGAAGUUGCUUGGAGACAUAAAAUUUAGUUGAAGUACGAUUUUAUAAAAUGACAGUGAGUCAGAAAUUGCUGUAAUAUUGUAUGUAAGGUUUAACAGUCUUACAUAAUCCAAGAAAGAAGGCAUGUUUGCUCGCGCUGGACAGCUAGCAUGCGACAAUUUAUUCAUUGUUAUUUCAGAUUUACAUAAUUGGAUUUAGUUAUUGACAUUUUAAAACAUUGUGAAU